AUGGAACAGGAGCAUAUCCAAACCAGUCACGUGGACGAGCAUGGGGAAGCAGGUGAUGGACACAGUGGCAAGCAACAGGAGGUCUUUGCAAAGGAGGAGCUGAUCCCUCCCACCAUACGCUACAAGCAAUCCUUUGAUUCUUCUGGAAACUGUUCAACCAUUGCAGUGUAUUCUCCCAAGUUGGCAUCUGCCACUUCGUCAGUUGAGUCCUUCCACAGCGCAUUCACUUCGUCUCCGAAAGAGGACGAGGAUGAGGAUGGGAGAUCCGAGGAUUCGUCGAUAUGUGAAGGCCAAUAUGCGAACCAACCUAUGGAGGAUACCCAUGAUGCCAGCCAGAUCGUCGAGGAUGAUCCCCUGCCACGCCCAGGCCUAGACCUGCCGCCCACUCGGGCACAGGCUCUAGAAACCUGCACUAAGUCUCCCAUGUCCGACCCGGACAAGGAAGCAGAGCCUUUGGACCGCAUCCGUCGAAUUCACAAGCGCAUCGCCAAAAACAUCUCUAGGAAGCUUACAAAGCGCAAGGAGCACUAG